AAGUCAGGUAGGAUCUGCUCAUCAAGCCGGUACUUCAGUGGUUCCAGAACCGUUUUAUGGUACCGUUACCAAGAGUUGCUUGACUUUAGAAGUACGUCAUCGCUUAACACGAUAUUCAACAAAAUUUCUAAGUGCGUGUAUAGUGGUACCGUAGUACUCGAUCUUCAUUAGGUGAUAUGUGAUGUUGAUUAAACUUAUACUUUUACUGUGUGUACUGAUUUAUUAACAUUUUACUAUUUCGGUUUAAUAAAAUUCUAAAAUUGAGAAGCUGAAAUGGCCAGCAAGACUCUAAUCUAUCUAGUCAUCCUCAUUAUAGUGAACCAAUCCCUACAAGAUAUAAACAAUAAUGAAAUCGACGUACAAGACUCAAAUCCCUAUGAUGAGGUAGUAUCAGAUAUCAAAAAGGAACAGAAGAAGCAGCAUGUGGGUGAUCUUAUAAAAACUAUCAUGGAUAAUGGUGGAGCGGAUCUUUUAGGUAGUGCUAUGUCGCAACUUGGUAAAGAUAGCGGAGGACAAAUUCUACAAGGCUUAACUUCUCUGCUCGCUGGACAGAAAAAAGAUGGAAAUUCAGAUUCGGAUAGUCCAGAUAUUUUUCAAAGUCUUCAAGGUCUCGGAAGUAUUGCCAGCCUAAUGGGUAGUCUUCAAGGAAAAAAGUCACAAAAUGGCAAGGAUAAUACGGCGGCUUUAUUGAAAGGAAUAGGAGCCAUCAGCAAUAUGUUAAAUAAAGGAAAUCAAGAUACAGGGAAGGAUGACGGAGCAGCCGCUCUUUUGCAAGGCUUGGGAUCUCUCUUUGGUCAAAGUAAUGAUCUAGGUCAAGGUGCUGGGACAGCAGCAGCACUACUUCAUGGUGUAGGGUCUCUCUUAAAUCAAGCUGGACAAGAAAAUAAAAGAGAUAAAUCACCAGAGAUGGAUGUUCUUGGAUCGGUUUUGAAUUACUUUAGCGAAGAAGAUGAUAAAAAAGGAACCAAAGAUAUUACCGUAGAUUCCACUAAAGAAAAUACAAAACCGGAAUCUAGAGCAGAUUCAGAUAUGAAUAUUGACGAUAUCAUGUCUCUAGCAAGCAAUUUAUUGGGGAAAACUGCUCAAACAGAAGGAAAACAAAAUGAUUUGAAUUUUUUGACUUUUCUUCCCUCAAUAUUACAAACUAUCAAUGCGUUUGUAGGACCUGAAGCUGAAAGUAGAGCUAAGAGUCAUGAACGACAUUCCUCAUUAAUGCCUCCAGUUUUGGAGAAAAUUCAUGUGAUGUUCGAUCAUUUCAUACAUUCUGAAAUUGGACAGAACUUUAUCUCCUCUUUGGGAGCAGAAAAGUCUUUUAGAGUAUUUUUGGACGAUAAGGGGAGAUUUAGUUUUAAGAAAUUUGGAGAGAUGAUGGAAAAUCACUCUUACAGAAGACAAUGGAUUCAGGUUGUUACUGAUAGAAUAGCAGAAUUUUUGCAAUAUGCAUCAGAACCACGAGUUUAUAAAUCUUACAUUUCCGGAGCUCAUUUCUUUUUCAAUAGCUAUAUAAAAAGUCAGGGUUUUCCCAAAUCUGCUCUAUUUGAUCCAUCCAGACCAGUCGAGACGAUCUCAGAGUUUUUCAACCACGUAUCCAAAAAAUAUUUUGAAAUCAAAAUAAAUUCAAAGGAUUACGUUAAACCAGCUGUUAAAUAUAUUCAAGAUCUUAUCAAGUUAGCUGACCAAAGAGGAACACUGAAAAGUUUCAGUAAUUCUAUUGAACUCUCCAAUAAGCUAACUGAUACAAUAAAUUUGGAAAUAAUUGAGCCCUUGGCUAGAGUUAACCGAGCUUUUCGAUACAUUAAAUCUUAUCCCAAAUGUGAACGGUAUGUAUUAUGUUUAGUGAAUGAAGAAAGCCAGAAUGAAUUUGAAAGUUUACCUGGUCUGAAAAAACUGUUAUAUAAAAGUUCCAGUUUGUUGGCAGGAUGGUUUUUGAGUGCCCAAACGGGAACACCGUUUUGGACUUUAUAUACUGACAUAACAGAAAACACAAAUUGCAAGCGAUUAUACUCUGAAGAAUGUGAAGGAUUCCUUGCUGAAGAAUUGAAAGUAACGACGGAAUACGUUCAUAGCGAAUUAUAAAUAGAAAAUUUGCCUUAUAUAAUAUCAAUAACUUUAAAAUGAAGAUUCUCCUUCUAAUUUUUUAAGGAAGUAUCCAUCGAAAUCUUAUUUGCUCGAUAGAUAUGCAUCAUCGGAUGGUUCUACAUCGAAACAUGUGUCAUAUAAAUGGAGCAGAACAAUAUUUAUUUUGUCAAUAUUAUAAAUAAAACAAAAAUGAA